AAGCGAUUCGUCUGCUUAUGUUGUCGUCUGUUCCCUUUAAACAAAUUUCUCUAUUUUUCAAAAUUUGAAAAAAAAAAACCAAACGUUCCCCGAUUUUCAUCCUUUGUGUUCUCCACCGGAGCCUUUCCGCCGCAAUUCCGCCGCCUUCGCCGCUUCAGCUGCAUCGGUUUUUGCAAAACUCUUCUUACUCUAAUAAGGUUCUCGAGGUUGUUGAUCGAAAGCAUAGUUUAAUCUGCCGAUUAGCCUAAAUGUCUCUAUUAAGUAGGUUCUUUUACAAGAGACCACCAGAUGGGUUGCUUGAAUUUGCUGAUAGAGUUUAUGUUUUUGAUUCAUGUUUUUGCACUGAGGUGUUGGCGGAUGGGUUGUAUCAGAUCUUCUUGCAUGAAGUCAUCAACGAUUUACACGAAGAGUUCCCGGAAUCGUCGUUUCUAGCUUUCAAUUUCCGAGAAGGGGAGAAAAAGAGUGUCUUUGCUGAAACUCUCUGUGAAUAUGAUGUUACGGUUCUUGAGUAUCCGAGGCAGUAUGAAGGCUGCCCUUUGCUCCCUUUGUCAUUGAUUCAGCAUUUUCUCCGUGUUUGUGAGAGUUGGCUUGCUCGUAGGAACCGUCAGGAUGUGAUUCUUCUUCACUGUGAAAGAGGAGGCUGGCCACUUUUGGCUUUUAUUCUUGCUAGUUUUCUGAUUUUCAGGAAAGUUCACAGUGGUGAGCGCAGAACUCUUGAGAUUGUGCAUCGAGAAGCUCCCAAGGGUCUCUUGCAGCUGCUCUCGCCGUUAAAUCCAUUCCCGUCUCAACUGCGUUAUCUUCAGUAUGUAGCAAGGAGAAACAUAAAUCCUGAGUGGCCACCUCCUGAAAGAGCUCUUUCCUUGGAUUGCAUUAUUAUUCGAGCUAUUCCAAACUUUGACUCUCAACAUGGCUGCAGACCAAUUAUACGUAUUUUUGGAAGAAACUAUAGUAGCACAGCUGGUCUUUCCACGGAGAUGGUGUAUUCUAUGUCCGAUAAGAAAAAACCCCUUCGCCAUUACCGACAGGCAGAAUGUGACGUUAUCAAGAUUGACAUCCAGUGCUGGGUUCAAGGAGAUGUUGUACUGGAGUGUGUGCAUAUGGAUUUAGAUCCAGAACGAGAGGUUAUGAUGUUUCGUGUGAUGUUCAAUACUGCAUUUAUCAGGUCCAACAUACUAAUGUUGAACUCUGACAACUUGGAUAUUCUUUGGGAGGCCAAGGAUCAUUACCCAAAAGGGUUUCGAGCAGAGGUCUUGUUUGGAGAAGUUGAGAACGCUGCGCCUCAGAAAGUUCCAACCCCGAUAGUAAAUGGUGAUGAGACUGGUGGAUUGCCCAUUGAAGCCUUUUCUAGAGUUCAAGAACUUUUUAGCGGUGUGGAUUUGGCUGAGAAUGGAGAUGAUGCUGCGUUGUGGUUGCUGAAACAACUUGCUGCCAUAAAUGAUGCGAAAGAGUUUACAAGAUUUCGGCAAAAAGGGAGUUUUUAUUUCAAUUCUCCUGAUUCCGAGGAGGAGACAAACACAUCUAGUGCUGCUGAUAGUUCAGAUGAAGGUUUUGAUGCCAUUCAGAGACCUCACAUUCGUAUACCUUUUGAUAAUGAUGAGACAUACGACAUUCCUUUAUCUAUUGCUCCUGAAUCUUCAGAGGAAUCUCAUGAGUACUCUCGUCACCAGCAGCAAGAAGUUCCAGUGAAAGACAGUGUCCACCCUUUAACUGUUCCCUCAGAUCCACCGUCUUCCGUUGAUCAUGUCACACUUCUACCUCCACCUCCACCGCCGCCUCCUCCUCCUUCUUUUACGAGCACAGCCUCAUUUUCACCCCAACCCCCACCGCCACCCCCUCCGCCACCACUUCCUUUCACUAGUUUCAGCAAUAUAGAUACCUUGACAACAUUACGUCAGCCUAUCAACAAAACCCCUCCACCACCACCUCCUCCUCCGCCACCUUCUUCUAAAAUCAUCCCUCCACCCUCAGCUCAACCACCACCUCCUCCUCCUCCCCCGCCACCUCCUUUUAGAAGCAUUCCUCCACCCUCAGCUCAACCACCACCGCCGCCACCGCGGCCACCUUCGUUUGGGAGCACAGGAAAUAAAUUUCAGGCGCAACCACCUCCACCUCCACCUCCUCCUCCAAUUCAAGCAACUCCUGCUGUUAAAUAUGCACCGCCACCACCACCACCACCUCCUCCCCCUAAGGCUAAUAUUUCAAAUGCCCCUAAGCCACCUCCUCCUCCGCCACUUCCUCCUUCAUCUAAAAAUUUGGGUGCUCCCCCUCCCCCUCCACCACCACCACUAUCCAAGACCCCCGCUCCGCCUCCACCUCCACCACCACCACUAUCCAAGACCUCUGCUCCGCCUCCACCUCCACCACCACCACUAUCCAAGACCNGUUUAAAUAGAUAA